AUGUCCAGAAGGAAACAGAGCAAUCCCCGGCAGAUUAAGCGUUCCCUCGGAGACAUGGAGGCUGGAGAGGAGGCUCAGGCCGCAGACAUCGGCCUCCCAGAGCCGGAGGCUGCAGCACCUGAGCCGGAGGCCAAGGUGGAGCCCAAGCCCCUGAGCCCUUCCAGUCCAGAAGCUAAUCCCCUGCCCCCACCACCAACACCGCACCCCACAUCCCCUGAAGGCUCCAAGGAGAUGGAGGGGCAGGAGCCAGAGACGAGUCUGGAGGAGGAGUCCAGCAGCUCGUGGAGCGGGCCAGACGAGCUGGAGCAGGUCCUGCAAGAUGGGCAGAGGUGUGUGCGGGCUCGACGCAGCCUUGCUGAGGGCCUGUCCUGGGGCCCAUUCCAUGGAAGCGUCCAGAGCAGAGCCUCAUCCCCCGGGCAGACAGAACCGAGCCCGGCCCUGACCCUGCUGCUGGAGGACGAAGCCUGCUGGCUGAGGACACUGCCCCUGGCCCUGACGGAGGCUGAAGCCAAUGUGGAGAUCCACAGGAAGGAUGGAGCCCUCUGGUGCAAGCUCACCAAGCCGGUGCCAGCAGGGGGACUGCUGAGCGUGCUCCUCACAGCCGAGCCUCACAGCACCCCUAACCACCCUGUGAAGAAGGAGCCCGCAGAGCCUGAGUGCCUGGCUCCCUCACACACUGACAUCCAGCUCCUGCCCCAGCAAGCCGGCAUGGCAUCCAUCCUGGCCACAGCAGUCAUCAACAAAGAUGUCUUCCCCUGCAAGGACUGCGGCAUCUGGUACCGCAGCGAGCGGAACCUGCAAGCGCACCUCCUGUACUACUGUGCCAGCCGCCAGAGUGCCGGCUCCCCUGCCGCAGCCGCCGCUGACGAGAAGCCCAAGGAGCCAUACCCCAACGAGCGUGUCUGCCCCUUCCCUCAGUGCCGCAAAAGCUGCCCCAGUGCCAGCUCCCUGGAGAUCCACAUGCGCAGCCACAGCGGCGAGCGCCCCUUCGUGUGUCUCAUCUGCCUGUCUGCCUUCACCACCAAGGCCAACUGCGAGCGGCACCUCAAGGUGCACACAGACACACAGAGCGGUGUCUGCCACAGCUGUGGCUUCAUCUCCACCACAAGGGACAUCCUCUACAGCCACCUAGUAACCAACCACAUGGUCUGCCAGCCAGGCUCCAAGGCUGAGAUCUACUCACCAGGGGUCGGGCACCCCUCAGCCAAGCUCCCACCAGAGUGUCUACCCGGCUUCCAGCAGCUCACAGCCCUCCACGGCUCCCUGGCCUCCUCCGACCUGGGCCUGGGGUCCACCUCAUCACCAGGACUGGACAGGAAAACCCUGGACGAGGCCACCAAUGGAGAGGCCAGAACAGCCCCCCAGAACGGGGGCAGCAGCGAGCCCCCAGCAGCGCCCAGGAGCAUCAAGGUGGAGGCGGCUGAGGAGCCAGAGGAGGAGCCAGGGCCCCCAGCCCUUUCGUCGCGGACGCCCUCACCACCCAGCUCCGCUCCUGUCCGGGUCAAGUCUGAGCUGCCCAGCCCCACACCCGGCUCCAGCCCAGGCCCCGGUGCGCUCUUCCUGCCACAGUUCCCCGCCGCGCCCCCAGCCUCGGAGAUCCUGGCCAAGAUGUCGGAGCUGGUGCACAGCAGGCUGCAGGUGGGGGUGGGCGCGGGGGCGCCAGCCGGCCUGCUCGCGGGGGCCCCCAAAGGCGCUACCUGCUUUGAGUGCGACAUCACCUUCAACAACGUCAGCAACUUCUACGUGCACAAGCGCCUCUACUGCUCCGGCCGCCGCGCGCCCGACGACGUGCUGCCCCCAGCCCGCAGGCCCAAGGCGCCCCCCACCCCGGUGCGCGCGGCCCCCGCCCCGCCGCCCGCUGAGCCCGACAAGCCAAGUUCGUCGCCAGGCCCCGGGGCGCGCGAGGACCUGGCCGGGGGCGCGACCACGCCCGAGACAGAGACUGGCGGCGGCGGCGGCGGCCGGGGCAGUGAGGGCAGCCCAAGCCCGGGCAGCGGGGCGGACGAGGACGACGACCCCCGACGGACGCUGUGCGAGGCCUGCAACAUUCGCUUCAGCCGCCACGAGACCUACAUGGUGCACAAGCGCUAUUACUGCGCCUCGCGCCACGACCCGCCUCCGCGACGGCCCGCUCCCGCCGCGCCCCCAGGAAACCCCGGAAUCCCCGCGCCGGCGCUGCCACCCGUACGCACGCGCAGGCGCCGGAAGCUCUACGAGCUGCAGGCGGCCAGCCCCGCCCCUGCAGCGCCGGGCCCCGCCCAGCCCGCGGCGGCCCCGGCUCCCGAGACUUCCGCCUCGCCGUCGCCGCGGCCCGGAAGCGGAAGCGGGCCGGACCUAUCGGAGGGCCCCAUCGACCUGAGCAAAAAGCCGCGGCGCCAGGCCUCCGCCGCUCCCGUGCCCGGCCCCCUGCCCGUGCUGCCUGCCCUGGCCGACUACCACGAGUGCACGGCCUGCCGCGUGAGUUUCCACAGCCUCGAGGCCUAUCUGGCGCACAAGAAGUUCUCGUGCCCCGCCGCGCCGCGGCGCCCGCGCGUCCCCGAAGAUCCCGCCGUCGUGUGCCCCUACUGCCCCCCGAACGGCCUGGUUCAUGGGGACCUCGUCGAGCACUUGCGCCUGGCGCACGGCCUGCUGCUGGGCAAGCCCCUGACUGGCCCGGGCCCCGGCGCAGAGGCCCGGACGCCCUCCCCCGCUGCCCCCCGCGAUGGCCUUAAUGGCCAGGAGCCACCCACCGGCCCUGCAGACGGCAGUCCCCGGCCCGGCCCGCCCUCAGCCCCACCGACGCCUCCUUCCCACUCGGACAAGGGCGUCCAGACCCCCAGCAAGGGGACGCCGACCUCCCUGCCCAACGGCAACCACAGGUACUGCCGCCUGUGCAACAUCAAGUUCAGCAGCCUGUCCACCUUCAUCGCCCACAAGAAGUAUUACUGUUCCUCGCACGCCGCCGAGCACGUGAAGUGA